AUGGUUCAUAUUCCUAUCAAAUCUAUAGGUACAUCCGCUCUAGGGAAAGUAGACCUAGGUAUCCAAAGGUUGAUCGAGAUUCACCUCUACGGAUGUGAUGUAGCGUUUGGAUGCUAUACAGGAGGACCAUCGAUGGAUUAUGUUCUCGAUUACUGGGUGAUGCAACAUUUGGGAAUGGAUCAUCCACCUUCUCCUCAGGCAAGUCCUGCUUUUCCCCUUAAUGCCCAACAGAGGGGUGUUGGUCAUGAUGGUGCUGGCCCUUCAGGUACAUAUCAAGGAGAUAUCGAUGGUCACAACGAGGAGGAACAUAGGAUGAGGAGCGCGAGUAUGAGAGCAGUGAUGAGUAGGUGGGAGAUUUGA